AUGCAGGUGCGAAUCUGUGGCUUAACCGACAGCGGAAAGAAAAUCGUCUCUUCUUUUGCUGGCCAUUGCAAUCCAAUCGUAGCGUGUUUUUUCGAGUCGGGCUCUUAUGACCAAAAGGGAGUCAAGCUGACGAGUGCCUUUUACCACAAAAAGCGACGGUUGCUUGUGUCUGGGCAUUCGAACGGUUCGUUUCUGCUGCACGAGAUGCCGGAUUUCAACCUGAUUCACAGUUUAAACAUUUCCGGAUACGCGAUCGACAGCGUGACGAUGAACUCCACCGGCGACUGGAUUGGCAUUGCCUCAGCCGAACUCGGCCAACUGGUGGUCUGGGAGUGGCAAAGCGAAACGUUCGCCAUGAAGCAACAGGGCCAUUUCAACAAGAUGAGCUGCCUUGCUUAUUCUCCCGAUGGUGCCACUAUUGCGACCGGUGGAUACGAUGCUAAGGUAAAACUGUGGAAUAUCCAAGAUGGUAUAUGCUUUGCGACUUUCACUGAACACACAGAUGCUGUAACUGGCGUUACUUGGACACAAAGUGGAAAGGCGAUUUUGUCGUGCUCUUACGAUGGAACAGUGCGUGCGUUUGAUCUCAAAAGGUAUCGAAACUUUCGUACGUGUGUCACACCGCAACCAGUUCAGUUGAGUUCAGUUGCCGUUGAUGUUGCCGGUGAUCUUGUCUGCGCUUCAGGACAGGACACGUUCGACAUAUUCAUAUGGUCGGUGCAGACCGGAAGACUGCUUGAGGUGCUAAGUGGCCACGAGGCUCCGGUCAGCGACGUGUGUUUCUGUCCAACUGAGUCCGCGAUAGCCAGCUGCUCAUGGGACAAAACACUUCGCAUUUGGGACAUUGCUGAAGGCAAAUCCAGGAGAGACGUUAUUCAGUUGAACACCGAAGACAGACCUGGAUAUGUGUUAUUUUUCAUGGUCAGCGAAUGGAACAACGUCCAAAUGAACACCAUCGAAGGCAAGUUUGACCUGGAUCCAAAACGUUCUGACACCGACGUCAUAACAGCGGCUAAAUCGGCUACUUCGAAAUCUUUCACCUCAAUCGCUUUUUCGCCUGAUGGCGAAUGUCUGCUGGCCGGUGGCCAGUCACCUUUUUUGUGCCUUUACAGUGUGGAGCAGCAGAUGUUGCUGAAAAAGUUUAAAAUCACAUGCAAUCGUUCGCUGAAUGCUGUGGAUGAUGACGUUGAUAUGAGGAAAAUGAGCGAAUUUGGAAACAUAGAAUUAAUCGAUGCGAGUGACGAUGAUGAAUUGACGAACAAAUCCGCUAUCAAAUUGCCAGGUGUCCGAAAAGAGGACAUAGGCAUAAGGUCGGCUAGACCAGAAGUACGUAUCUACAGUGUUCAGUUUUCUCCCACCGGAACAGCCUUAGCAGCAUGUACUACCGAGGGUUUACUGAUUUAUUCUUCGAACAGUCAGACGUUGUUCGACCCGUAUAUGCUGGACAGCGACGUAACCCCUAAAGCGGUGUAUGAGAAGCUGGAUCAGCAGUCAUUCGCCGAGGCGCUUAUCAUGGCUUUGAAACUGAAUCUUCAUGAACUGAUUACUAUGACAGUGGAAAGGAUCCCUUCUAAUGAAAUCGAUGCCAUUUGUCGGGCGCUUCCAGAAAUUUACGCUCAGAAGUUGCUGCGUUUCGUCGGCGAUACGUUCGGAAAGACAAUCCACGUCGAAUUCUACCUCUUGUGGACCCAUUCCUUGUGCGUGCACCACGCCACCAACUUCAAGAACAUGCUGAAGCAUUCUCUUCCUGCCAUCACUGCUGCCCAGCAGUCCCUCAACCGAAGGCAACUGGAGCUAAGUCGCAUGUAA